AUGUCUCCUCCACUGCAAGUCCUGACCCCCUACUCCCCUUUUCCUGUAGUGAGGCAAGAGCAUCUAGAGGAGGUGGUUUACCAUUUCCUCAAGUUCCACGAAUAUCGUCUCACUGCGGCACUGACGGCAUUAGAAAAUGCCAUGCCGGACGAACGUCGUUCAUAUUUGUCUGCUCAACUCAGAAAAGAAUUGAUGCAUAUCCUGGCCCAUAUGGGGAGAUGGGCUGCCCUCAGCUGCUUCCCGCAUUUCCUGCUGAUAGUCCAGGCACUGUUACAGUCCAUCAAGGUGUCAAAGGCUGUAAUUUAUGUUCUUUCUCCUGAAUUGAUGGGUAUAAUCCCUUCCUACCAUGCACUCAUGGACGGCACAAUUUCAACCCUUGACUGGUGGAAUUGGGAGGUUGGCCGUCCUUUUCCGUUGCCAGCUGAGCUCAAGGAGGCUUUCUCAAACUACGUCACACCAGAACUUCUUUGCCCUCAGUCCAGUGCGAAGUGGAUCUUUCCAGACACAGAGAACAGCCAGACAACUGCGCAAACUGAUGCCACAACAGAUGAUGUCCCCAACACAUCCACACUGGAAAGCCUCACGAUGAAGUUGGAUGACAAGGCUGCUUAUAUGGACCUCCGAGCGCAAGGAAGUUUGAGGCUCUCGAGAGCCAUUUUGGUGGUUGCAGACAAAUCGAGGACAUUGGGAAGGCUCCCAGAAGUAUCAGACUUUGGAGGAUUGAAGCGCAUCCCCUCUUCUCUGGCAGGUCAACUGGGGGAUAGGGCUGCAUCUGGUUCUAGGAGCCUGGCCGGUGCAGAAACUGGACUAGAAUCACGUGUUCCACCUCAGGAACAUAGUCAGGCCAGUUCUCCAGCCGGAGACAGGAUUCCGAGGGGUAAAGGUCGCGGCUUGGCGUCUCCGGCCAGGGAACGAAGUCAGAGGGAAUGUGCCUCACUUGCCCUGGCUGGUCACAUUGCCCAUGGUUCAAUUCCUCUGGCCGGGGCUCAGAUGCAGAGUCGGAGCACGACUAGCAUACUUGUGCUGGCUGGAGAACACGGACCUACCUCUGAUCCUGUUACAAGGGCUCUGGUCAAGUCCACUGAAAACCCCAAGAAGUCUUCUCAGCAAGACUCUACAGUGAAAUCUGCCAAAGAUCUGAAGGUGGCCAAGAAGACCAGUAAGGAGGGCGCAGCUGAAUGCGCAAAGGCAGCCAAGAAGACCUUCAAUGAAGUCAAGUCGACUGAAGGUAUGAAGGUGGCCAAGACUUCCAGGUCCACCCAAGGUGUGAAGACGGUGAAGUCCUCCAAUGAAGUCAAGUCUGUGGAAGGUGCAAAGGUGGCCAAGAAGACUUCCGAAGGUGCGAAGAUGGCCAAGACCAAUGAAGUCAAGUCAGCGGAAGGUGUGAAGACGGCCAGCACAAGUACAGUCAAGUCCAUGGAACACGCAAAAGCAGCCAAGACCAAUGCCCAGGUCCUAACAAUCAAUCUGACUUCUCUGUCGGAGUGCGACAGUGAUUCUCCAGAAUUGGACUUGGGUGAGUGCUCUGCAACAAGCUCUAUCCGUUCACUAAUGCCUUCCGGAUAUUAG